UUUUCUGGUUGUUGACGCUCCUUUACAGAACAUUCGAGCGCCUGGCAAUGAUCAUGACUCAACUAUAGAGCAGAACAGGGAUGGAGUGCCCCCGCAGUCCAUCCCUGGACUCGUCAUAAGUCCACGUCCCAAGUGCGUGGAUCCUCAGGACCAAGAUAGAUCUGUUGGACUGAAAGACGCCCAGAAAAACAUCAUAGCUAAGUUAGAACAGAAUACCAUUCUGCCAUGUCAAGUUUGCGUUAAGAACCAGGUGGAUCUGCAUGAGAUGAAGGGUGGAGAACUGAUUUUAAUUCAGAAGCAUGCAAUAACUGCUGAUGGUGGAAUAUCGGAGUGCUCUGUUGCCCAGAGAAAAGCAAACAGAGAAAUAGCCAACUUAAACCUCAUUGGCUUCUCCCUGAGAGCUGAUCCUCCAGAUUCCUUCCUUCGUUGCAUGGCUGAAGACUUGAGCAGCAUUCACCCACACAAACAACACCCAUCUUUUAAUAAGUGGAUGUAUCCACAGGACACAAAGAUGAAGCAUGUUAAUGGGUCUUUGAUUCUGAAGUCUUUGAUCAUUGAUAACUGUGGAAGAGACGAGUUUUGGAAGGCCGUCAACAACAUCACACUGAGUGUUGGUGUUCCUCCAGGUCAGACAGGAGGAGACACAGAGGACUGCUUCAGAGCAUCCUCUCCUCAACACAUCAGGAUUGAGCCUUUACAGAACACUCUUGCGGCUGACAAUGAUCAUGACUCGACUAUAGAGCAGAACAAAGAUGGACUGCGGGAUGUUGGGCUCAUCAUCCUGCACAAACAUCCACAUCUUGAGUGCGUGGAUCCUCAGGACCAAGAUCGAUCUGUUGGACUGAAAGACGCCCAGAAAAACAUCAUAGCUAAGUUAGAACAGAAUACCAGUCUGCCAUGUCAAGUUUGCGUUAAGAACCGGGUGGAUUUGCAGGACCAAGAGACGAAUGCUGGAGAUGUGGCUCUGAUCCUGAAAAACGUGACAAUUUAUGACACUGGAACAUAUAAGUGUCGUGUCUUAAGAGAGAAGAACACUAAGUCCAUCAGCAUCAUCUACCUUCAUGUUGAUCCUCCAG